CAUUCUCUUUUAUUCAUAUUUCGUGAUGGUUAUUUAGGUCAAAUACAAUAUCCUGUUCUCCUCGCCGCGCUCUCGACGUUCUACCCCCCGCCGCGCAAUCGUGUCCGCUUCUUCCUGCGUGUUAUAAUUAAAUUGGCCUGCUUCCAACUCGGAUAGACGGAAACCGUCAAUGUCCAUUGACUCGACUACUGGCCCCGCUUGUUCGUCCACUUGAUCAUCUACAACUGCAAUUCUAUCAUCGACGAUAUUCAUGCGCACGAAGCUGCUCUGUCCCAAAACCUCUUCCCUUGGCCACACGACUUGUUCGCCUACAGCUACAAUUUUAUCGUCAUCGAUAUUCAUGGGACGAAGCUCCUCUGUCUCAGAAGCUGUUCUUCUCGUUGCCAGACGUCUUGAUCUUCCGCCGACAAACUGGACGCCUCCACCACGUCGAUGUCCACGGUUCUCAUGGCCGCUUCUUGCAUCAACUUUUCUUCAAACGGCCAUCACGCGGAGUCCCAGAGCCAGCCAAUGGGGGUUAUCAACCUCCAUCGGGUCAAACCAAACUUCUUCUUUCCUGACACCAUUCUAAAUCCAUGGCAUCGAAAGAAUGUCCUCCUCUUUGUCGGCCUCUAUAUGCAACAGUCAUGGCUGUUGGCGCUGGUUUUGGACCGUCAGCUUUCGCCCGCAGCCUUGAAUUUCUUCAUAUCAAAUGAUUUUUCUUCAUCAACUUCUUUCUUUCCGCGCUUGAAGCCGAUGACUUCUGUUGCCGCGUUGACCAUUGCUUUCGCGCGAUACAAUGAUCCGAGCAUGGUUCUUUGCGUGCAAGUCUUCCUCCAGAGCGAGUGUUCAUUUUCAGCGUGGCUUGCAGCAACUUCAGAUCGAGGGCUGAGAGGGAAAUCGGGUCGACAGCAUAUUCAGUGCGCACAGACAUAACGAGAGUCAUAAAAAAAAGAGAUAAUUAAAAUAGUGAAGAGUUGUUAAGAAAGAUAAAAGGCGGAUGAAGGCAGGUAAAAGUGGGAAACAAAC